CAGUCUAGCAAGCGUUUGUGCAGCCAGACGGUUGUCUGUAAGAUUUUGAGUAGAGUAAUCGGGCUGUAUAAACAGCAGCGAGGGCUUUUGGUAUAAACAAGUUGUCCCACAGAGCAUCUCAGAAAACAGCUUCUCUGAGUUAAGAUCAGGGGGAAAGGAACAGAGGCAAGGGAUAGUCACAGGGGAUUGCCAUAGUCUGGCAUUUACCAAGCAACUUAAGUAGGGCAGCACAGAUAAAAACUCCAGACAGCUUCAGAGAUUCCUUUUAAAAGAGUUUUUCAAGAGAAUUAUAUAAGGAGCAAACAUUUUCCUGAAGGGACACAAGCCCUGUCAAAGUGGAAGUCUUGCUGAGCUGGUUAACCAGCCAAGUAGUUGAGUGAGUGAUGAAGGGAGGUGACGAUGAUGAUGAUGAUGUGUGGAAUGCAUCAGCAGUUAUUCUGGAUAUUGACUCAGGGUCUUGGGCUGAUCGCUCUCCUCUUCAUGAUGCUGCCAGCCAAGGAAGACUGCUGGCCCUCAAGACUCUCAUUGCUCAGGGCCACAGCGUAAAUGUGCUGACAAUAGACCAUAUUAGCCCUCUUCAUGAGGCGUGCAUAGGGAGCCAUGUUGCCUGUACCAGAGCCCUGAUAGAUGCCGGUGCCAACGUUAAUGUGACAACUAUAGAUGGUGUGACUCCAUUGUUCAAUGCCUGCUCAACUGGCAGUUUGGCAUGUCUAGAGUUGCUCUUGCAAAGUGAAGCUAGACCACAAGCCCUGGCUAUAUUUCAGCCUUCACCCAUCCAUGAGGCAGUCAGCAGAGGACACAGCAAGUGUGUGGAGGCGCUUAUUGCAUGGAGUGUGGAUAUAGAUUAUGAAAUUCCUCACAUGGGCACUCCUCUCUACACCGCUUGCCGAUGUAAGGAGUUCUUAUGUGCCCGCAUGCUGCUUCAUGGAGGGGCAAAUGUGCAGAAAGGCACACAUAUGGAGACUCCUCUUCAUGCAGCAGUCCAAAAAGAUUGUUUAAGCAUAGUGAAGCUCCUGCUGGAAUUUGGGGCAGAUAUAAACUCACGCAACCUGGAGUAUAAACGUCCCGUAGAGAUUGCUCCUCCGGGGAGCCUCACAGAGGGCUUCCUUUUGAUUUAUGAAGCUACACCCCGUUCUCUGCAUCAGCUUUGCCGUCAGCAAAUCAGGGAGAGAUUGGGACGUUCUCGACUCCAUCUACUGCCACAAUUGCCCCUCCCUAAAUCUAUGAAGGACUUUCUACUAUAUAGAUAACACAAUAACUCUCACUGGCAGGCCAUUUUUGUUGUAUUGGUUUGACUUUUCUAAAUAAUGAAAAAGCUGCCAUACCUUUUAUUAUUUAAUGCUAAUUACUUUUUCUUUGUGGCCUGAUUUCACAAAAAUAUGCUUCUAAUGAUGUCGUUGUGGGCUGGCGUGUUACAUUGUGUAUAACUUGUAACUAGGCUCACAUGGAAUGCCACGCUAACAGAAUUCCACAGAAAAUCUUACACAAAGUUCUACUACCCUCAUAGCGCUUGUGUGUUCAGUAUUACAUAUUUUAGCUAAUUUCAAUUUUUUUCAGAAAUGAGUAAGACUGUAGUGCUCUGAGCUCUCAAUUAUUACCAUGUCUGAUACAAUUCCACAGAGUCUCCCCUAAAAUUAGAUUUAUUUUGGCCUGCCUGUAACUAAAAGUUGAAUAAUGCAAUAAACUUUUGACAUCCCCUUUAACAACUGUUUCAUCCCAAUU